UUUCAGCCCUAAAAAAUUCAAAAUUCCACCAACACGUUUUAUCACAAAUCUUUCACGCACAAAUGCAGAACGAGAGUUCACAAGAUGCAUCAGUACCGCCAAAAAUACCGCCGAGAAAUCAUCCGAUUCAUUUGAGAAAUCGCCUGAAACUACAGUAUAUCGAACAGGCACUGUCGCCUGAUAUGGAGUCACACGCGGAUGACGUAGCACCGUGUCAUAGCAGAAAAGCCUCUUCAGUGGGCUUUGUGGAGAUUGAUGAGCUGUUGAAGUUUCAGGACGACUACAAAGUUCGCUCGUCGACAGGCUUCUACUCAUCUCUCCGAAAUCUUUUUUCAACUGGAAACCCUUCAACAACCACAACAAUCUCAUCAAUACCAGAAUCCCAUAUAAAUCCAAUGUUCGCAAAUCAUGAGAAAUGCUCAAUUUCGAGAAGCUUCACACAUCUACCGUACCCGCCGAAGAAGAAGAGGAAAAGUCACUUGAGACGCGUUUUUUCGUGCUUUUCGAUUUUUAAACAUUAGGAUCUAUUUUAUUGUGUGUUUAAUAGGUACUGGUGAAGUUUUGAAUUUGCGCGUAAGAUAUGGUGCAUCGUGACUGGUGCCAAUGACGGCUGUCAUAAUUAAUUCAUCCCAGUGGCCGAGUAGUCAGAAUGUCCCAUUUCGGUUUGAUCUACGAAGAUCUACAAAAAAUGCGGGAGUAGAGUUCUCAACUGAUUUUGCAUGAUUAGAGGACGUGCUGCCGUCAUGCAAAAAUUCCCGCAUUUUUUGUAGGUCAAACCGUAAUGGGGCAGUCUGACACCAGUAUUGCACCGAAAACUAUCAAAGACACAAUAAUUCUGCUAAUAUUAUUAUGUUUCGAUUAUUUUUCAAUUUGUUAAAAAUUCCCUUUACUGGUUUUCCUGGCUUCUGUCAUAUUUUGGUUCCCCAAUUCCCCUUCCUAUCACGCAUAAUUUUAUUAAUUUUUUAUUACAUAAUCUAGUCUUACCAUGAAUUCUCUGCUGACCAACGCAAAAUCCAAACAAGUUUUUGCAUAAUUUUUGAAUAAAAUGAUGAUUUUUGUCUCGA